AUGUCCCGAAUUUCUCAGUUCACCCGCAUUCUGACCCCCUCUUUCCGAGAGAGCCUGCUGGAUUUCUGGUUUCAGCGCCAAAAGCUGGGGUCAAACUCGGCCCUGCCGGGACAAAGCGACAUAGCCCGCUGGUUCAGCAGAGACGCGGAGUUCGAUAAGCUAUGCACACGGCAAUUCUUGCCCGCCCUGGAGGCUAUUCGGGAAGCCAAUGUGACCGCAACCGAGCUUCGAACGGCUCUUAACCUCAAGUCUCCUCUUGACUGGCUCAGUACUCUGUUGCUGCUGGAUCAGAUGUCUAGAAAUUGCUAUCGAGACCUGCAGUCGGCAGUGGUUUUCACUCAGUUUGACCCAUUGGCAUCGGAACUUGCCUUGCAAGCCAUCAAGCAAGGGGUUCCGGACUCGCGGCCGAUCAAAUACCAAUUGGCCUAUCGGGUGUGGUUCUAUCUGCCGUUGAUGCAUACCGAGAACCUGGAAACGCAUAAAAUAGCCAGACUCCAGUAUGACAAGAUUUCAAACGACGCAGAGGAGUUAAUCCGAAGUGGGAAGGAUUCUUCAAUGGACCCCGAGACCGAAGAUUGCUACCGGGUCUUCUCUGAGCAGCCAGACAUGGUGCGAGAAUACAUUAAAAGAUGUACCGAUGAAGAAGAGAAGCACUCUGCUUUGAUCGAACGCUUUGGUCGCUACCCGCAUCGCAACACGCCGUUAGGCAGGACAUCCACGGAGGACGAGAUUGCCUAUCUGAAAAAUGGCGGGGAAACGUUCGGGGCGAAAGCUGACUAUGACAAUUAG